CACAUUUAGUAUGAAAGUUUAGGCUUUUGACGAAGCACUAACUUUCGUUAUGAAAACUUGUGAAAGUGUUUGUAAAACGUUACGUGUAUUAAAAUAUGACAAUUAACAAAUAUCAUAUCAAAGAUGUAUUUCUAUUAUAAAUUUGGUAGUACUAUGAAGUGUUUAAUAUUUUUACUUUUCCUAUACAUUGGCGAUAUUCUUUCGGCAACAUUAAAUGACUUAAAUUUACCUCCAGAACACAUUCCGUACCUUUUUAACCAAUUUCCUGACUUGGCCAAUGCUUGUAAGGAAAGUAUAAAUUGUCCAUAUAAAUCUUUGACUAACAGUAAAGUUUGUUGGGGUUAUGAAAACAACUGUUCUCCAAAUAGCUCAUAUCAUGUAAGACCCAAAUGUCCCGGUGAUCAUCGAGGUUGGGUCAAAACUAAACAAGCUCAAAUUGAUACAUUUUAUACUCAGGCAGACUUUGGUUAUGUCAAGGAACAAAUUCAGGAUUUAAUGGUUAUGUGUGAAGCAACAUACCCUUAUGAUAGUUCCUUAGAAUGCUCAAAGUACUUAAGAUUCUGCAGAGGUCGUAACCUCCUUCUAAAUUUCACCAGUUUAGUUGGUAGAGGUGAUAAUCUCAGAUAUAAGAUGGAUAUUCUUGGUCCAGGAGAAAUAGGUGGUUAUUGUAAAUUUCAUUCUAUGAGACUGAAAAACGAAGCAGAACAUAUGAGUGCCUUGCAGUCUUGGGCUCCAGAGUUUGUCAAUUUUGUUAAGACUCCAGGAAGGCCCAUACCUGAUGGAAUGUGCGAUAUAACUAUUGACAAGCCAACAUAUAUAAUGAAAUUAGAUGCCACUGUCAAUAUGUACCACCACUUCUGUGACUUCUUCAACUUGUACGCGUCACUCCAUGUGAACUCCACACAUCCUUCGACAUUCAGCAGGGACAACCACAUACUUGUUUGGGAGACGUUUACCUACGACUCCGCAUUCAAAGAUGCUUUCAAAGCAUUCACAUCAAACCCAAUAUGGGACUUGAAAGAGUUUAGAGGGAAAACUGUUUGUUUCAAGAAUGCCGUGUUCCCUCUCCUGCCACGGAUGAUUUUUGGAUUGUAUUAUAAUACGCCGUUGAUUUACGGUUGUGAAACAAGCGGUUUGUUCCAUUCAUUCUCAAAGCACAUACUCCAUUCUUUAAACGUGAAGCUUCAUUUGCGAACUGACGAUAGAGUCCGCGUCACAUUACUGUCGAGAGGAACAACAUAUCGCACUAUACUGAACGAACAGGAAAUAGUUGAAGCUUUGCUUAAAGUGAAAGGUUAUUACGUGCAGAGGGUAGUUUACGAUAGAACUGUGCCAUUCACUAAGCAGUUGGAUAUAACUCAUAAUACUGAUGUGUUCAUCGGCAUGCACGGGGCAGGUCUGACGCACCUCUUGUUUCUACCGGAUUGGGCAGCUCUGUUUGAAGUAUAUAAUUGUGAAGAUCCUAAUUGCUAUGCCGAUUUAGCUAGACUCAGGGGGUUAAAGUACGUCACUUGGGAGGACAAAUCUAAGCUCGUACAACAGGAGCAGAGCCGUUCACCAGGUGGAGUGACACACGCGAAAUUCACGAAUUACUCGUUCGAUGUUAAAGAAUUCCUAAGACUUGUGGAGAAAUGUGCUUCAUAUGUCAGGAAGCGACAGGACUUUAAGAAUUUCAUCGCCGCAUCUAAAAUGAGAACUCGCGAAGAACUAUAAUAUAUAUAUUUUAAUUAUAUAUAAACAUAUAUAUAUAUACUUAUACAUAAACUGAACACAUUCCUUGAAUAUGUGAUAUUAAAGGUGGUAAGUAUAAUGCUUAAUUAAUUUUAUAUCUGUAAUUUUUGAAUAGAAAAUAAGUGCCUAAUACAUGUUUGAAAUGCUCUAUAUUUUGUAAAGAAUACGCUUUUUAUGAUUAAUAUUCUUUAAUUGAUAAUUUUCUUAAAGGAAUCGUCUUAAUUUUGCUAAGGAAUUGUUUUUAAAAAGUACAUAAUAUAAUAUUAGUAUAAAAUAGUGUAGACAUUCGCUCGAAUCUCGUUUAAUAAUAUUAAACGCUUCUAACUAUACAAUAUUAGUAUUAUUAAUAAGGAUAUUUUUUUAUAUGUUACAUAAUUGAACCAGUUAUUGGCUUCUUUGACGAAUUUAAUACUUUGUAAU